AUGUCUGAUCAGAUAAUUGAGAAUAAUGAUAAUAUGGCCAGAUAAAAAAUAAUUAACGAUGGCCAUGAAUUCGAAAAUUCAUAAGAUUAAAAAUUACCUAGUCUAAUCAUUUAGAGUCCAUUACAUCUUCCACUUUCAGGAGAAGAAUUUUUACCUACUAAUACUGAUUAGUUUUUAAACUCUAUAAUUCCUCAAGGGACUAUUUUAGAAUGUGAUGUGAAAAUAGUUAAAGGAUGGUUUGGUCGCCAUUUAAAAUAUAAUUUUUAUCAUUCCAAGACCCAAAAACUGUUACUUUCAGUUAAAAAAUCAUAAUGCCCAAGAAGUCAUCAGUUUUUAUUAAGCAAAUCAGAAAAUGAACUUGAUUUUGUUGGAACAUUAGAGUAUUAUUUAAUGUGAUUUUUAGGUCUAAUUUUAGUGGCACUGAAUUCAUUUUGUAUUCAAAUGGACUUUCCUACAAGAAUUCAAAAGACAAAGCAAACUUAAGAAAAGAAUUAGCAUUCAUACAUUAUGAGUACCAAUUAUUAAAAACCAGAAGUAUUAUUUUGAUAUUUAACAUUUUUAGAAGGAAAUCUUUUUAAAGCAUACAUUCCUUCCUUAAUAGAAGGUCAACCAUCAUAAAUUAUUCCAACAGAUGAAAAUACAGGUUUAAAAAUCAAAAGCAGAUUCUUAAAUAAAAGAAAUUAAGAAUAUUUUGAAUUUAAGACGCUAGAGCCUGUUUGGAGUUCAAAAUAUUAAUCAUACACUCUUCCAUUUAAUUCAAGAGUUAAUAGUGCAUCUGUUCAUAAUUUUUUGCUUAAAUAAUUAAAAGAAGAUGGCAAAUUGAGCAAAGAAAUAGCAAUUUAGUUUGGAAAAUGUGAUGGCAAAUACUUAAACAUUGAUAUUGCCUAUCCAUUCACUCCUUUACAAGCAUUCUCAAUAAUAAUUAGCUAAUUGGACAAUAAAUUAUUAAUCUGA